AUGCUUCAGAUUAUGUUUGUGGCAGGAACUGAAACAUCUAUCGUGACAACUGAGUGGGCUAUGUCGCUUUUAUUGAGUCAUCCAGAGGCAAUGAAUAAACUGAGAAGGGAAAUUGACAACAAUAUAGGACAUAGGAGAUUGCUGGAUGAAUCUGAUCUUCCAAAGCUUCCGUAUCUGCGCUGCAUUGUGAACGAGACAAUGAGACUGUAUCCUCCAGCACCUCUUUUGCUGCCUCAUUGUCCAUCGGAAGAUUUCACCGUUGGGGGAUAUGAUAUCCCAAAAGGUUCAACGCUUAUAGUUAAUGCUUGGGCCAUGCAACGGGACCCCAAAGUCUGGGAGGAGCCAGAAAUGUUCAAGCCAGAGAGAUUUGAGGCAAUGGAAAUGGAGAGAGAAAGGUUCAACUUUGUGCCAUUUGGGGUGGGAAGGAGAGCCUGUCCUGGAGCCAACAUGGGAAUUAGAAAUAUUUCAUUGGCAGUGGGAUCAUUCAUUCAGUGCUUUGAUUGGAGAAAGAUUGAAGAAGAUGAAAUCAACACAAGCUAUACCACUAGAAUUACAUUGUCCAUGGCUAAGCCUUUGGAGGUCAUGUGCAUUCCACGACAAGAAUCAAUCCAACUCCUCUCCCAGUUAUGA